GCGGGAGUUUUGUACAGUCUUUCUCCCUCUCAUGACAAAAAAAAAACUUUCCAUCGAUAGAAUGAACCAAUAAACACGAAGAAGACGAUUCAGUGAAUAAAAACACCACCGUCUCAUUCCCUCUUUCAUCAACAAUGAGUUCAAACUCAGAUCCAAUGAUACGUUACUCCCACACAAACCGCAUCGUUCUUCUCAUAGAUCUAGACCCACUCCUCCUCCUCCUUCACAACACCACCACCACCACCAACUACAUCAAAAACAUUCUCUCCACCUCUAAAACCCUAUUUUCUUUCCCUCCACUUUCCACCUCUCUUUUCGCCUUCAAAUUCUUCUUCUCUUCUCUCCCACCUCAUCUCUCUUUCUCUAAACUCCAUCCUUUUCUCCCUAAACACUCUUUCUCCUUCGAUCACCCUUUCUCCACUUUCAAUCUCCUCUCCAAAACCCUAUCCACUUUCCCGAAUUUCCCUCUAACUUAUAACCCGAAAGCCGCAAAUCUCAUUGAUUCCCUCACUCAGCUUCUUCAUGAUUACCCCUGGGAACCUAAUUCCGACGCCGACACCGACACCACAACUCCUCUUGUUUCUCCUAAUUUAAUUCUAUUGUUUACUCCUUUUUUCAAUUCAUUUAAUUCACUUGCAGGAUUUUUCGAUUCUGAUGAGGAUUCGUUGCGAAUUGAGAAUUCUUUCUGUGAUAGGUUUUUAGGGUUUUUUGGGAAUGUCAGUCGUAGGUUUAGGUCUAAGGGUGUUCAUUGUAGUUGGAUUGGUGUUAAUAGUGAUGAUAAGGAGGAUGAGGUUGGUAUGAUUCGUGGUUUGUUUGAGAUUGGGACUGGGAAAUUGGGUUGGGGUUUUUGUUCUUUGGAUUCAAUUUUGCUUGGUUCUGCUCUUGUUCCUUUUGGUUUGAUAUAUCCCAAAAUUGGGGUUUCGUGGAUUUCUGUUCGUUGUUGUUCUAGGGAAGUUAAGGUUCAAUUGACUCUUGAGAUUUUGGAUGUGAAUGGGAGUCCUAUUGAGUACAAUUGCUGUGAUCUUGAAGUUUUGGAUUUUAGGGUUUUCGGUAGAGGGGAGGAUGUGAAUUUACAAGGUGGUGGAAGGAAGGAGAGGCUGUGGAAUGUGUGUUCGGAUGGAAUGGCGAAAUUGAAAGUUACGGUUGUGCGCAAGUGUGAUGCAUUUGUGAAGUUUAGGUCAUGUCUCUCUGAUUCGGUUCUGGUGCGUGAAGUUUUAGGGGAAUGUAUGAAGGGAGAUUCGGGUGGGUUUUUCGCUGAUAGGGUUCUUGAGUUGCUAGCAACUGAAUUUGGCUGUCAGGGGCGGCGAAAAUCUGUUCCCGUUUGGGAGAUGUUGUUGAGUUAUCUUUAUAAAGAAGAUUGUUGGGCUUUGGUGUCGGUUGACAGUGGUAAAGGUGGUGGUUCUUGUGUUGGUAUUCUUAGGCCUUUUACCGUUUCUUCGGCUCUUUUAUCUGUUUUGGAGGAUCCACAAUCAGCUUCUGAUUUUGGUGCAGCAAAUAUGAAUUCUUUUAUUAGGACAGGUAUUUUAAAAUCAGAUCGCAUAUUUCACAAGAACAGGGAUUUGGUGGAUUCUCAGGUCAAAGAUGUUGUGGGAAUUAAGGGUGAGCAGAAAAAGAAAAUGACAGAUUUAAGUGCACUUCGAAACCUCACAUGGAGCUCCUUUUAUGAUUUGGUAUAUGAUCAAUUUGAGAUGGAUCUGCAUGAGGUUUACUAUGCGAUGGAAUGUAACAAGUCAAAGAAGUUGAAAUUUUUAAAAUGCUGGAUGAAGCAGGUGAAGAAAUCUAGCUGCCAUGAUCUGAAUUUGUCAGAAUAUCCCAAGCCAAAUCAGAUAUUUGCAGAAGGGACUGACAGUAAAUUGAACGAGUUACCUCAAAAUGGUGAACAGCCAAUCCCGCAGGUGGUUAUGUCAGCUGGAAUUAAUGCUGAGGUUGAUACGAAAAAGGAUGAUGCGGUGCUUGAUUGUGGGUUAGAAACAUCUGAAGCAUUUUUUAGAAAUCUUUCAAACAGGAUUCAACAGGGAAUUGAAUCUGAUGUCAUAGACCUCGUAGCUUUGGCUGAGCGACUUGUUAAUUCAUCUAUUUACUGGCUAUGUCAGAAGGUUGAUAGGGAAACAAUUCCUCUGAUCCAGGUCCAUUCUCCUCUGAAAGAUAAUAAUGCUUGUGGUAGCAUGGUUGUAUCUGAAUUAGUAAAACAGUUGUUGAAGGAUCCCAAGGACAUAGCUGCAAAGCAUAAAAGUAGAGAUUCGUCCUCUCAGGCAUUUGAUGCAGCAGGACCAACUACUAUAAUCACAGAACAUGUUGUUAGAGAAUAUGAACUGCAAAUUUUAUUUCGAUUGGAAAUUUUACAAUCAGAGGUUGGACGCGGAAUUGAAGAUUCCAGUAAACAGAAGUUUGUCAAACAAAUAUGCCUACUCUUAGAGAACAUUCAGUGCCACAUGGAAGGGGGGUUCUUUGGUGAUUGGAACCUUGAAAAUUAUGUAGCAAAGAUCAUAAAAAGCAGAUAUUCUCACACCCUUGAAGACAUUGUUCAUAAAAUCUACAACAAAAUGGAUCUGCUUCUGUUUGUAAAUGAGGAUGAAGCCCCGGAUUGUUCAUUUAACAGUGAGGACAGCAGCAAAUCAUUGGAUAGAAAAUUUUACGGAGAUGAGAUGGGUGAAAAUGAUGUCGGUAAUGGACCUUUUUCAGCAGAAAACAAGCCUUUUCAUUUGCAGAAGAAUGUAAGAGGAAAAUUGCAAAGGAAUAUAGAAGGGGGUCAUAAUAAAACGCUAAUUGAAGCUCUCAAAAUUCGAAUGCCUGCUUUGCGAGUUUGGGCCCCAAAACAAAAGGGUAUGAAAUCCAAGAAAGAUCACCUUUCGAAGAUUCCAAAAAGGAAAGACCGAACAAGUGCAUGUUAUGACACAGUAUGUGAGACGCCAAUGACAAGAAACACACGGUCAAUGACAAGAAACACUGUAUGUGAAACGCCAAUGACAAGAAGCACACGGUCAAGCCCGCAGUCAAUAGGUUCAGAUGACCACAAUUACAUGGCUGAUGGGAAUCAAGUAUGUGGUUCAGUUGCUAAGGCAUUGUUUCAGGUAUGAUCUUUGAUUUGAUUAAACAAUACCUCACUCAGACUGACAGAAAAAUUGUAUAUGCCAACUACAAGAGCAAAUUGAGGCAAAUUCUGAAUACUAGAUAUAAUCUAACUUGACAUAGCUCUUUCAGUUUAGAUUGUCAGUAUUCGACCACUAAUGGUGGAAUGUUAUUGUUUGGACUCUGGAUUCAGAUUGGUUUCCCAGUAUUUACAUACAUGUCAGCUGAUUCAUUACAUUAUAAUAGUAAAUAAAUCAUAUGCUCAAUUCGAUGCAUUUGUAUAAUCAGUUUCUAUUUUAAUAGCUACUAAACUCCCUUUUUCUAUUA